AUGGAGGAUGUGGCCGUGGUCUUCACCCAGGAAGAGUGGGCUCUGCUGGAUCUUACUCAGAGGAAACUCUACAGAGAUGUGAUGCUGGAAACCUUGAAAAACCUGUCCUCCAGUGAUAAGCCUUAUAAUUGUAAGGACUGUGGGAAAACCUUUAAAAAGUCAUCGGCAUUAAAGGUACAUAUGAGAACUCAUACUGGAGAGAGACCUUACGCAUGUCAGGAAUGUGGAAAAGCCUUUAGUCGUUACCCCAACUUUGUAAGACAUAGAAGAAUUCACAAAGGAGAGAAGCCAUUUAAAUGUGAGGAAUGUGGGAAAGCAUAUAAUCGACACUCCCACCUCAGUUCCCAUAGAAAAACUCACAGUGGAGAGAGGCGUUAUGAAUGUAAGGAAUGUGGGAAGGCCUUUAAAGAUUCCUCUAGUCUCAGAGUCCAUGGCAGGAUUCAUUAUGGACAGAGGCCUUACGAGUGUAAAGAAUGUGGGAAAGGUUUUAUUUGGUCAUCAUCCCUAAGGAAACAUAGGAGAAUUCACAGUGGAGAGCGACCUUAUGAAUGUAAGGACUGUGGAAAAGCCUAUAGUUGGUCAUCAGACCUAAUAAGUCAUAUGAGAAUUCAUAAUGGACAAAGGCCUUAUCAGUGUAAGGAAUGUGGCAAAGCCUUUAGGGUCUCCUCCAUCCUUGCUAAACAUAGGAGAAUUCAUAGUGGAGAGAAGCCUUAUGAAUGUAAGGAGUGUGGGAAAGCAUUUACUACCCUCUCAUCCCUUGAUUAUCAUAGAAGAACUCACAGUGGAGAGAAGCCUUAUGAAUGUAAAGAAUGUGGGAAAGCCUAUAUUUGCCUCUCAACCCUCAAUACUCAUAAAAAAACUCACAGUAGAGAGAGGCAUUAUGAAUGUAAGGACUGUGGGAAAGCCUUUAUUUACCUCUCAGCCCUCAAUAGUCAUAGAAGUCACAGUAGAGAGAGGCGUUAUGAGUGUAAGGAAUGCGGGAAAUUCUUUAUGAGUCCAUCGUCGUUAAAGUUUCUGCAGCAGAUUUGA